GCUCCAUGCACGAAUGGGGUUGUAGGCAAGUGCCCCAUCCAGCUCUGUUCUGCCCUGCCCAGCCUUGAUUGCUUUUUGUCAGAUGCAGUGACUCAGUUAACCCAGACUUCUUCCAGCAAGCAUCAAAGCCGGACCUACCCUGUAGGAAUAGGGAUCUCUUCCUUCCUGAGCCACCAUCGCCAAGCCCAGAUCGCAGCACCUGCCAGUUGGCACCCGGACCAGGACUGGUCACUUGGCCGUCGAUGGCUGCCGCUGUUCAAUCACAGCUAUGUAAGGGCGGGCGGAUGGGCCCUCCGGGUCACGGGGAGAACUGCGUGGGACCACGGCCUCUGGACCCGCCGAUGGAGUCAGAGCUGGGUAAAGCUCGAUCCGCCAGCGCCGACGUCACGAAGGGGUCCUGGGCCAAAGGCAGUGGCUUCCCAGGAUCCUGUCCCUCUUCGCCGCUGCUUCCAGGAUACCCAGCUCGGUCUUCGGCUGGCAGCACUGUCGCCGUCCCGGAGCGCGGCGACAUGCCCGAGCUGGUGGUGACCGCGCUGCUGGCGCCGUCGCGCGUCUCGCUGAAGCUGCUGCGCUUCUUCAUGUGGAUCUUGGUGUACUCGGCGGCGAUAGUGGCCGCCGCCGUCUACGGCUGCAUCGCGCUCACGCACGUGCUGUGCAGGCCCCGGCGGGGCUGCUCCGGGCGCCGCCGGUGUGCGGCUCCCGCCUGUCUGGUGGACCCCACACUGGGCGAGCACGGCUUCCUGAACCUCAGGAGCUCAGGCCUACGCCUGCACUUUGUCUCCGCUGGUCGCGGCAACGGGCCCCUCAUGCUGUUUCUCCAUGGCUUCCCUCAGAACUGGUUUUCCUGGCGCUACCAGCUCCGGGAGUUCCAGAGCCACUUCCAUGUUGUGGCUGUGAACCUGCGUGGCUAUAUCCCCUCGGAGGCUCCAAAGGAUGUGGACUGCUACACCAUUGAUCUGCUGAUGGCUGACAUCCAGGAUAUCAUCCUGGGCCUGGGUUACUCCAAGUGCAUCCUUGUGGCCCAUGACUGGGGCGCUGUCCUCGCCUGGAACUUCUCUGUCUAUUUUCCAUCUCUUGUUGAGCGGAUGGUAGUGGUCAGUGCUCCCCCCACAUCGGUAUUCCAAGACUACUCCAUUCGCCACAUCGGCCAAUUCUUCAGAGUGAACUACAUGCUCCUGUUCCAGCUUCCCAGCUUGCCAGAGCGGUUACUCUCCACGUCUGACUUUCAGAUCCUGAAGAGCUCCCUCACUGGCCGCAAGACGGGCAUCCCACACCUGACCCCCUGUGAACUCGAGGCCUUCCUUUAUGGCUUCUCUCAGCCCGGUGGCCUCACUGGGCCCAUCAACUACUACCGAAACAUCUUCAGGAACUUCCCCCUGGAGCCCCAGGAGCUGGCUGUACCUACGUUGCUGCUGUGGGGAGAGAAAGACCCCUACUUCCAGGUGGGGAUAGUGAGGGCCAUUGAGAGCCGCUUUGUGCCGGGCCGGCUGGAGGUCCACAUCGUGCCAGAUGCAGGACACUGUAUCCCACAGAGCCACCCCCGGGAGAUGCACCAGUACAUGUGGGCCUUCCUGCAAGACCUGCUGGACUAGUGGCCCUUGCUUACUUGCCUGUGCCCGGCACAUAGAAGCACAGACACUCAGGAGCACACAGCUGCUGUCUGAGCAAUGCCUUGGGUGGGUGCCUGGGUCACACAGAAAUGUGUGAGGCGCCACAGCCCCUGUGCUCACACCCAGACAUGGCUGCGUGCAUGUGUGAGCAAGUACUCUGACCGAGGAACUGGGUGUGCCUCUCCUGUGGGAGCCACAUGCUGAGACCGAGUGUCUUACCUUGCCUUGCCGCAGUUGGCCUCCUGUGGCUGCACGAACCAUAAACUCUGACCUUCUCUUGAGCCUGGGUCUUAAGUCUUCUUCAUUAUUGAAUCCAGUGCAGUAGGCUAGCCACGUGUGGCUACUUCCACUAAAAUGUGAAUUCAUCCAAAUGAAAUCCAAUGAAAAAAUGCAGUGCUGCAGUCACA